CUUCCCCUGUCCCUCCGUCCCCGGAGCCCCCCAGAGGCCGCCACCGCCGCCGUACAGCUCGGCGCGGCGCGAGCAGCUGCCAAGGGGCCAAGGGAUGAGCUGGGGCCCUCCUUCCCAAUGGCAUCUCCCCCUGGUCUGGAACUGAAGACACUGAGCAAUGGUCCCCAGGCCCCAAGGAGACCAUCUCCCCUGGGCCCAGCGGCCCCACCCAAAGAGGGUGUGGAGAAUGCCUGCUUCUCCUCAGAGGAGCACGAGACCCAUUUCCAGAACCCUGGGAACACCAGACUGGGCAGCUCCCCCAGUCCCCCAGGGGGUGUCCCCCCAUUGUCUCGAUCCCAGCGAGACGAUCUGUCCCUACAUUCAGAGGAGGGGCCAGGCCUGGAGCCCGUGAGCCGCCCGGUGGAUUAUGGCUUCGUUUCUGCCUUGGUUUUCCUGGUGAGUGGGAUCCUCCUGGUGGUGACGGCGUAUGCCAUUCCCCGAGAGGCCCGCGUCAACCCGGACACAGUGACGGCGCGGGAGAUGGAACGACUAGAGAUGUACUAUGCCCGCCUGGGCUCCCACCUGGACAAGUGCAUCAUCGCGGGCCUGGGGCUGCUCACGGUGGGCGGCAUGCUCCUGUCGGUGCUGCUCAUGGUCUCCCUGUGCAAGGGCGAGCUCUACCGCCGGCGGACCUUCAUCCCGGGCAGGGGCUCCAGGAAGACCUACGGCUCCAUUAACCUGCGCAUGAGACAGCUCAAUGGGGACGGGGGCCAGGCCCUGGUGGAGAACGAAGUUGUCCAGGUCUCAGAGACUAGCCACACUCUCCAGGUCUCUUAAAUGAGACCCCACCUUAUCUGGCUGCUUUAGCUGCAGGGCCACAAGGCCCCUAAAGGCCACAGGUUUCAAACUGAGCUCCACACAGGGCCCCGUGGAAGGAGUACUGGGUGCUGGAGGGAGAGCCCAGGGCCCGGCCCAGGCCCCACGUGGGCGGGCAGCCCACUGAUCUGUUUUGUAGCUGAGGUUUUGCAUAAGGUUUUGUUCGGAAGAUGGCUUCUGCUGCUAAAAAUACAAACGUUUGGAAACUGCU